UGUAUACUCAAUUAUAAACGACGUCGUGCGGCGGUUGACAGUAUAUUGAAAAAUGAAAAAGUUAACUAAAAUGACCUAAUCAACCACGUGGCGCGGUGGUUUCAUGUUUGAAUAUUUUCUUGAUAAACAAGAAUCACCAAAUUUCCCCUCAAAUUCGUAGUUGUUCUACCCAAUAAAUUCGCAAGCACAUCCCAUUCUCUCUUUCCGUUUGAGUUUCUUCUCAGGAUAUCGCGUAUCCUUCCAUUGGAAUAUUCUGCCGUUCAACUAUUUAUGGUGUCCUAGGGUUUCGCAUUCUGGAUCCGCGGUUCUCAUUCCAUCGAUUUUUCAGCUAAGCUGGGGUCCUGGCUGCAUCCUUAUUGCAACCGUGGAAGGUGCAAAGUUUUGUUUUUUCUCAUAAUUCCAAGUUUAAUUAGAUUAGGUAUCCCAAAUUUUUUCGGAGUUACUAUGCCGCCGUUUUUGUCGACCUCGAAAGCCCUUUGCUCCUUAGCAUCACGCAAAAGCGGUGCGAGUCAAUUGAUCAGGUCGAGCAAGGGCAGAUCAAUCACAGCCAUUACCGGUCAUCACAUUCAGCCUUCUGUCUCUCGCAUCGGCUUUUCCUCCAUCAUAGGAGGAUCUAGUAAUAGUAACAAUAAUAACAAUUAUAAUGCUGUUCACACUAGACAGUUUCUUGGAUGUGGAGAUGGUGAAGAAGGGAUUCUAUCCAAAACUUACGAGGAGAGACGCGUUUUGGGGUACUCUCCGGAACAAUUAUUUGAUGUUGUUGCAGCUGUUGAGUUCUAUCACGGUUUUGUUCCAUGGUGUCAAAGGUCAGACAUACUUAGACACCAUCCAGACGGAUCAUUUGAUGCCGAGUUGGAGAUUGGAUUUAAAUUCCUUGUUGAAAGUUAUGUUUCUCAUGUACAAGUAAACAGGCCAAAGCAAAUAAAGACAACCGUGUCAGAAAGUACCUUGUUUGACCAUUUAAUAAACGUAUGGGAAUUUAACCCUGGCCCUGUUCCUGGAAGUUGCAAUCUUUAUUUCUUGGUGGAUUUUAAAUUUCACUCUCCACUUUACAGACAGAUUGCUUCAAUGUUCUUUAAGGAGGUAGCCUCUAAGAUGGUUGGUUCAUUUACAGAGCGUUGCCGUUUGAUAUAUGGACCGGAAGUGCAGGUCCAUGAAAACCCGUAUGGAAAGAGGGCAUAGAAUUGUUCUCACCCGUAUGGAAAUAGUUGAGGUCAAUUUACAGUCUCUACAUGAAUUGGGCGUCUAUUUAUUAUUGGCCGCUCAAUGCCAAAUGAUUGAUCAUUUCUCUUUGUGAUCUCUACUAUUUUUGUAAUUUAUAGUUGAGGUCAAUUUAGAGUCUCUAGAUGAAUUAACAAUAUUCUGCAGACAAUCUCCAAAUUUCAUGAAGUUUAUAUAUGAUUUGUUUAAAACUGC